AUGGCUACCGCCAGGUCAGUGAAGUUGUCUACUGAAGACUCUGGAGUCUUCCGAUGCAACCCGAGGGCAGACUCUGCAUCAAAGGCAAGCCAACUUUUGCAGGAGGAUAUGAAGGUUCACAAUAUCUUUUUCAAUGAUUCAGGAUUUCAUAAUCACACAGCCCAUCACCUUUUAUCGCUCUUUGCACUUGGCGCCUCGCCAGAAGACAUGCAGGCAGCGUAUCGCCGGGCAGCAGAGUAUCAGAGACCCGCACGCCCUGCAAAUGAAGAGAUUGUCAAAAAAUUAAGCAACAGGGACGAAUUCAAAGCUUUGGCCGGAAAGAGGGAAGAGUACCCUCAUUUCCUAGAAUUCUUUCAGCGAGAGAUUGACGCAAAAGGCGUCGAGGCCGUCGUUGAUGAGUACAUAUUCAAAGGCGAUGAAUUUGCAGAUGACAUGCUUGCCGGCGGUGUCGGGCACAGUGGAGAGAAAACUCUAGUAGAGCUCCAAAAUGAUUGCCGUGCGGAUCCACGUCUCCGAGAUUCGGCUCAUUGGGCCGAUUCUAACAAAAUCUUCGAUGGCGUCUUGAAACGUGCUCCCGAAGAAAUGAUGAAGGUUGCAAGUCAAUUUACAGUCGGCCCUGACCAGAUAGACCAACGGCUCGCAGAACUGAUUAAUGCUGUUGCAUACUACACCGGUGCCGCGCAGAACCCACCGAAGAGAGUGAAAUUUGAUUUUUUCUACAUCCAUUGCGUCAACAGCUCCAUUUUCCUUCCCGUCUUCGUAUCCCAGCCGUGGAUAAGCCAGCACAAUAAACAGCGUCUGCUUGAGUGGAAGGGUCGAAUGGACCUGCUUGUCUAUGUGUCCAGACACUGCGCUGAACCUCGUUUCGACGAGAUCACAAACUACAAACCAGUUAAAACAUGGGAAGAAACCUUUGCAGCCGCUUUCGCAAACAGGGAAGAGGACGGCCAUGCAGUCAAACUCCUCCGAACUCUAGCAUACGGCGAAAAAGUUUGCAAACCUUAUGAAAAUAAAAACGGAUUUCCUGUUAAAGGUGACAUGUGGCUCAAGCUCGCCAACAUGGUUGCCGAUUCAAUCCAAGGCCCCGGUGAGUUAUGGAUAAGGUCGACUGGGUUCCCCGAGGCAUGGAAAGACGUUCCAGACAGGGCAAGACUCUAG